AUGGCCUUCAACUUCAACUGGUCGCCGCUGACGGCCGACGCCGAGUUCUACCAGCGCGCCCGGGAGAUGCUCACCACCGCCUUGAACAAGUCACCGAAGCCCCCGAUCAUCGUCGAUGACAUCCUCGUUACCGAGUUCAACUUGGGCUCCGUGCCCCCAGAGCUGGAGAUUCUGGAGAUUGGCGACAUCGCCGAAGACCGAUUUCGUGGCAUAUUCAAGAUGUGCUACUCCGGCGACGCCUUCUUGACGCUGAAAACCAGAGUUCAGGCAAAUCCACUAAACACCUACCUGUCUUCCAAGCCGGGGUUUACAUCGCCGCAACCAUUGGCGGCGGCGUCGGGUCUCACCAUUCCGCUGUCAAUAACCCUCUCCGAGAUCAAGCUUUCAGCCUUCAUCAUCCUAGUCUUCUCCAGGCAAAAGGGCCUGACCCUGGUCUUCCGCAAUGACCCGCUCGAGUCGCUCAAAGUCUCCUCGACCUUUGAUUCGAUCCAGUUCGUGCGCGAUUAUCUCCAGCGCACUAUCGAGGCCCAGUUGAGAAAUUUGAUGAUGGAUGAGCUCCCUGCCAUCAUUCACCGCCUUUCUCUGCGCUUGUGGUGCCCCGACGCGCUGCCAAAAGAGGAGGAAGCGCCCGAGGAGGGCACUGAGGAAACCGAGGUCGAUCCCUUGGCGAGCCCCCCCUUGGAUCCCGUCGAUGCCAACGGUAAUCUCCUCGACGCCAACGAAGUCUCGUCGUUGUCGCUUGAAGGGGGCCCCGAGGUUCAGUCACUCUUCUCUCAAAAGAACUUGCUGAGGCUGGCCGCUCUGAACGAUUCUCAUCGAACGUUCUCCCUCUUCACGCCAGGCAUCCGCGAUGUUGUGUUCCGCGCCUGGACCGGACCUGCAGUGUCCGAAUCAACCAGCACACCGCCGACGGCAACGCCUAGCUUGUCCAAGACCAACUCCUUCCACGGAACUUCUACCACGUAUACCUUCUCCGAUACUGGCAGUGCCGCUCACGGCCACCUCCCAUCUCGACCUUCGAUGGUGAGCCUCAACUCGGCCACCACCGGAUUGUCUCUGGGUGCCGGCAUGAGGUCGAAGUCAUAUGCUGGACGGAAGAAGAAGACUAGAGUUGUCAACCUUCGCCGGUCCAAAAGCGAGAUUGGCGAGACUCCCGAGGGCAGCGAGACCUACUCCGAGAUGGCAUCCGACUCUGCUUCAGUGGCUGGUCCCUCCACCGAACCCCUCAUGUCCAGCUCUAUUGCCGAGGACCCCGAGGAGGAAGAGGCCCUCGCCAACCUGGCAGAGUCGACCCCUAGCAAGGUCCGCUUCAGCCCCUUGGAGAGGACGCACUUCCCCUCCAGGCCUCCCUUGCAACCGGAAUUCUACUCCGCGCCCAAGGAUGUCCCUAGCGUGCCUAUCCAGCCGGACAACACCCGGGAAACUGAGGUCGCUGUUCAGCCUCAGUCUCAACCCCGUACGACUGAGAAGCUUGGAGCUUUCCCUAGUGGGAAGGCCAACGCCGAGAAGCCACGCCAAGGUGUGCCCUCUGAGGCCUCGUCCGUUUACGAACAGGCUUGGAUCAUGAAGAUGGCCGGUGAGAUUGCCCGUCGUGUCUACGACGAGAAGAGUCGUCACCCGACCCUCUGGGACGAGCGGGAAGACGUCCCGCCUCCGGCCUACGAGGCAUCGACAUAA